AUGCCGACACCACCGCCUGAUGGAUUCCAGAUAAGGCGAAAGCCCGUUUCCAACCCAAAUCUCAGGGAAACUGCCAUCGCCCAAGCCCCUGGGGGCCUACACCACGCCACAACCUCUCCAUCUCUAGCGCCGCCAUCAUUAUCACGGCCUCCAUCUUACAAUGAUUUGUAUGGCGCAGCACUACGAGUAUCUCAACCACAUACAUCGUUGAGACCGCGAACGGCGGGUGCACCAAGUACAUCCACACCGCCAUCACCAUCGCAAUCGCCAUCUCGAAGCCCUUCUCCUACGCCUGUGCAAAAGGCAUAUGGCGAAGCCCGUCAUUUCUUGGGCGGCCUGAUCAACCAUCCAACAGAAUCUAACAAACAUGUCACUAUUCUGCGUCACUCGCAUGGCCUCGUCUUCUACAGGGGUAAUUCCACUUCGGUGGCGGUGUCAAUCUUCUCUGAUACACCCCUGCCACAGGACCGAACUGUAUGGCUCCAAAAUAAGGGGUGGUCCGGUAAGACCGGCAUGCGUGCCAAAGCUUUGUUCCGGUUGAAUAAUAGCUGGCUCGAUGUCACACCUGGCAUGCCUAUCCGCGCGGAUCAAGUGAACCCGGAUGACGAACGUGCCUGGCAGCGGGAUAUCAAAAAGUUCCUGAAAAAGACGUCCGCGAAGCUACGCGAUACCCAUCUACUACGCGAGACAGCCGUAGUGCAUAUCCCCGCCGAAGCUGGCGAUGGCUAUUUCCAGUUGGUGCUGUGCCAAGGUGCGAAGAAGAAGGUGCUUGGCAAUAGCCCCGUUUUCCGGGUCAUUUCGACAUCUACCAAUCCCCAUUCUAUCCGCGGUGCGAGUUUGAGCACUCUGCCUCUUGAGGUUGGAGCCAUGGUUGCCAGUUUGUACGCUCAGACUGCCGCCCAGACAGUGAUGACACCCGCCACCACGGUGGUCAAAUCGAAGCUGAAUCCGUAUCGUCCGUCCUGGUUGACGCAAGUAGCGGCCCAGAAGGCUUACUCCGCAAGUGGAGUUCAAGAUCGAGUUGCGGGAGUUUACAAUGGGUCAUCCGCUCAGCCUCGCAAGGGGCAGUCGAAUGGGGAUCCAAUGGGAAUUGCCAAUCAUGAAGUGUCACCGACCGAGCUUGGCACUCAACCCCCAUUCCCGAUGAUUUUCAAAGCCCGUGGGCAGCAGGAACACUCAAUGGCACCGAGUAGCCCGAAUGAUACUCCGAAGUUAACACUCGACAAAUUUCCAGAUUGGGUUUUGGAGCAGUUACGAGGUUACUUCUUUGGCUGGGCUCGAUUUUAUACCAGCACCGGGAAAGAGAAUUCGACCGGCCCCUGGUGUCCAAUGGUUCUAUCUGUGCGCAAUCUCGAUCCCCUCCAAGCCGCUCGGGUCAACAUAUCCCAAGUCGCCAAGCAUGUCGUCCAUUUACGUCUCUUGGAUGAAGUACCCAUCCAAACCACCAAGAUGGAAAUUCGAGUCAUGGGUUUUCUCCGAAUGGACAUCCCACCUCCCACUGGCGCUACAAGCCAAGAACUUGCCGAUGCCCAAGCCGCAGCCGCCGAGGUCGCCGUGCUGGCAGAUGCAUAUGAUGUCUCAGUCGUGCAGGGUACCCUUUCCGACCCCGCCUGGGCACCGGAGGGCCCAACGCGGGAUGAACCGGGCCAACAAACUUCUGGCUGGGUAGAUAAGACGCGACAGGGCUACGAAACUAUACGAGCUAAGGGCCAGAAAUUCGUGGAACAGGUCCCGCUACAUCGACUCGGAGUUCGGUCUGUCGCGGAUGAGUGGCGAGAGCGACAGGUGGCCAUGAAUGGCUUUUAUAUUGUACGAUGA